CAAAGUGAUCACUUCUCACUUGCUCACUUCUCCUUCCUGUUUAUCUGGUAUGCCUAAACUAGUUAGUCCAGGUUGAGUGAACGUGAAACUGCACUUUAUGACAAGAGGACUGUAAAACUUCCUCGGGGGAAAACACAAUAUAAUCUGGAGAAGACAAGGCUUCCAAAAUGAGUGUGUCUGUGGAAAAGGAGACAGAUAAGUUUGAGAGAGUUCGCCAGACAACCAUCGAGGGAAUUCCCACAACGUCAUUGGAUCAGCUGAUCGACGUUACUUCCCAUAAAGGAAGCCGACUGUGACAGGAUUCUGAAUGAAGUUUAGAGCAACACAGUACAGUAAUACAAUCAUUCAAAGAUGUGUUCAUGCUUGUCCUUCACAACUUUUUCAGAUAACCAGCCUGUCACAUGCUGAGAUGAGUGUCCCCCGUUCCCCCAUACACACACACACACACACAAUAUAACAUGCUGUGUAGUGUAUUUCACUGUCACGAUCCCCCCUUGAAGCAGCGUGCUCUAAGCGCGAAUGUGCGAGCACCUGCUUUUCCGUUGUUGACCGUAAUGACAUCUGGACACGUGUGUUUUGUUUGUUUCUGUCAAGUCUCCUCCCUGUUCUGUCAUUGGCGGGGAUUUCACGUGGGUCUGUAUUGCUCUCAGUUGCUGGCAGUUUAGACGCUGAUCAUGUCAGCAUAUAUACCGCGCGCCUCCCAGCACACGACGCGGAAGAUUAUCAUAGAGUUAGUUUAGUUCGUAUCGUAGUCAUAGUCACGGUCCAUGUUUAGAAUUAGUUUAGUUCGUAUAGUAGUCAUAGUCAUAGUCACAGUCAUAGUCAUAGUCACAGUCACAGUCACAGUCACGUUCCAUGUUUAUAGUUAGUUCGCGCUGGAUUAUCCGCUUCCAGUUCCUCGUCAUAGUUCGUUUCUCGUUUUGUUUAUCGACCCUGUUUUCCGUGACCACGACCUAGAUUCCAGCCUUGCCCCGUGUAUGCCUGUUUGCCAAUCGCCUGACCUCUUGCAUGUUUGUGGAUUACGUUUUGGAUCACGUUUUGGAUUUGUCUGCCUGUCUCUCUGUCAAAUAAACAACUGUUCAUACUGCACUUGCAUCCGUCCUAUCUCUGCUCCGUCACGAUUCGUGACAGAAUCUUCCGCCCAAACAUGGAUGCAGCAGGAGAACGGAGGAGACGCAGAACCCGGAAGUCGACGCCAACCGUCCCCGCUAUGGACUCAGUCCACUUCCCACAAUGGACAUUUAUGGAGCUUCCUGAUCCAUCUGACGGAUUUUUCGGUGCCCCUGAAUAUUUUCUGGUAGACUGUCAAUUCUAUUUCGCCAGCCUGUUAGACCCUAAGCCAGAGGAGAAGCAAUGGCUCCGAUUCAUGUGGCCCCGGUUCUUUGGACCGGCCCGUCAAUGGGUGCAGCUCAAACUGGAUAAGCACUGUAGGAACCUGGACAGUGUAGAACAGUUUGUGGGGGAAUUCAUGAUGCGAUUCGGGAGUCCAGAGGCGAAGGACGAGCUAGAACAACUUCUCAGUCUGGCAGGCAAACCUGCCCUGCCGUUUACCCACUACUACAGGCAAACUCAUGCAGAGCUCAACUCUGAAAUCCCAGUCAUGUCUCAAGUCCCCGAAAUCCCAGUCAAGUCCCCGAAAUCCCAGUCAAGUCCCCGAAAUCCCAGUCAAGUCUCAAGUCCCUAGGGUCCAAGUCAAGUCUCCAGUCCUUGAAAUCCAAGUCAAGUCUCCAGUCCCUGAGGUCCAAGUCAAGUCUCCAGUCCUUGAAAUCCAAGUCAAGUCUCCAGUCCCUGAAAUCCAAGUCAAGUCUCAAGUCCCUAAGGUCCAAGUCCCAGUCAAGUCUCAAGUCUCUAAGGUCCAAGCCAAGCCUCCCGUCCCUGAGGUCCAAGCCAAGCCUCCCGUCCCUGAGGUCCAAGCCAAGCCUCCCGUCCCUGAGGUCCAAGCCAAGCCUCCCAUCCCUGAGGUCCAAGCCAAGUCUCACGUCCCUGAGCUCACGUCCAAGCCUGCUGAUCCAGUUGACCAAGCUCUGCUAAUAUCUCAGCCUAAUGACCAAAUGCUGCUCACGCCCAAGUCUACCGACCCGGUCGCCCAAGUUCCUCUCACGCCCCAGUCUACCGACACGCCCAGCCAAGUUCCUCUCACGCCCCAGUCUACCGACACGCCCAGCCAAGUUCCGCUCACGCCCCAGUCUGCCGACACGCCCAGCCAAGUUCCGCUCACGCCCCAGUCUGCCGACAUGCCCAGCCAAGUUCCGCUCACGCCCAAGCUUUCCCUGGUGACCUCAGAGCCUGCCUGUUCAGCUGGGGACGAAGCUCAGCCUGCCUGUUCAGCUGGGGACGUUGCUCAGCCUGCCUGUUCAGCUGGGGACGUCGCUCCGCUUGCCUGUUCAGCUGGGGACGUCGCUCCGCUUGCCUGUUCAGCUGGGGACGUCGCUCCGCUUGCCUGUUCAGCUGGGGACGUCGCUCCGCUUGCCUGUUCAGCUGGGGACGUCGCUCCGCUUGCCUGUUCAGCUGGGGACAUCGCCCCGCCUUCAUGCUCCAACGAGGACAUCGCCCCGCUUUCAUGCUCCGCCAAGGUCGUCGCUCAGCCUCCCUGUUCAGCGGAGGACGUCGCUCAGCCUCCCUGUUCAGCUGAGGACGUCGCUCAGCCUCCCUGUUCAGCCAGGGUCGUCGCUCCGCUUCCCUGCGCCGCCAAGAACACCAUGCAGUUUCCUUGCUCUGCUUGUGACAUUCAGCCCAGGGGGCAGGGGCCGCCAAUGAAAUGGGAUGACUCGUGGGGGGGGUUCUGUCACAAUUUCCCCCUUGAAGCAGCGUGCUCUAAGCGCGAAUGCGCGAGCACCUGCUUUUCCGUUGUUGACUGUAAUGACAUCUGGACACGUGUGUUUUGUUUAUGUUCGUCAUGUCUCCUCCCUGUUCUGUCAUUGGCUGGGAUUUCACGUGGGUCUGUAUUGCUCUCAGCUGCUAGCAGUUUAGACGCUGAUCAUGUCCGCAUAUAUACCGCGCGCCUCCCAGCACACAACGCGGAAGAUUAAUAUUUUAGAGUUAGUUUAGUUCGUAUCGUAUCGUAUCGUAUCGUAUCGUAUCGUAUCGUAUCGUAUCGUAGUCACAGUCACAGUCACAGUCCAUGUUUAGAGUUAGUUCGCGCUGGAUUAUCCGCUUCCAGUUCCUCGUCAUAGUUCGUUUCUCGUUUUGUUUAUCGACCCUGUUUUCCGUGACCACGACCUAGAUUCCAGCCUUGCCCCGUGUAUGCCUGUUUGCCUGACCUCUUGCAUGUUUGUGGAUUACGUUUUGGAUUACGUUUUGGAUUUGUCCGCCUGUCUCUCUGUCAAAUAAACAACUGUUCAUACUGCACUUGCAUCCGUCCUAUCUCUGCUCCGUCACGAUUCGUGACAUUCACAUUAAAAAUAUACUUUAGUUACAAUUCUGACUGCAUUAGUUAUUUUUGCAACUGCUGUUUGAUUCAGGGUAAGAGAUCAGACUCACCUGAACCCAGCUGUGUGUCCAUGAAGAGUGCCUGGUCAAUGGAACAACCAAUAAUGUUCAGAGACAGAGAAUGUACUUAUGAUCUGAGAAAAUAUUGCUCAAGGUGCUCCACAAUUAGAGAUAUUAAAAAAUGGAAAAUGGAGCAUCUGAUAAACUUCAGAGACAGAGAUUGUUCUGUUGAUCUAAGGUCAGAACAGUCUGUAAAGACUAGGCGAGGCAAACACGUAAAUAAAAAACAAGCGUGAAGUCAAGAAAAGCCAGAACAAUAGAUGCAGAGGAAAUGGCUAAGCAAGGAUCAAGGAUAGACAAAAUACUCGAGGGGAAAAUGGUACCAGCUGGGAAUGAUGAAAACACAUGAGGGAAACAAUCGAUAACAAUAUAGGGGUGGACACAGGACAGAAACCAAAACAAAAACACACAUGGUGACAUAAACAAGACAAAAGAACGCGGAAGCACGUGUCUAGUGAAGAGAGCUACUAUGUGAACUUCAGCAUGCAGCACUGAGUGUUCGGUGCUCAGGGGAAAUCUAUGAUAGAUUGGGGUGGGAGGCCCUCUCAUCAGCCUCAGGCGUGAGCAUGGCAUAGGAGGUCGUGCUGUCGGCCUCUGGCAGGAACAGGACUUGGGAGGCCAAGCGGUCUGGAGCUCAGCAGGGGAGACCACCUUGUUGGUCUCAGGCUAGGGACAGAGGCUGUCCCUUCAGCC